CUUGCUCUUCACCUCCACUGCAUCCAGAGCGUGCCAGGGAUGCUGCAUAUGCUGCAUGUGACGACGCUGACGCUUGGCGGGAUGCAUUGUUACUCAAGUGCAGUACAAUCCCCACCCGUUACUUUUGGCAUAGAAUCCUCAAUCCCUCUCCCUAUUUUCCGUCCCUCAAGAUGGCGACUCAGGUAUCCCAUGAUGUCAUAGAGGUCGCCGAAGGCCUUCCUAGGGAGCAAGACCACACUGUUGAGAAGCUGGGCAACAUCGCUCCAGUGGAGACGAACAAAAGCACCGAGUCACGAUCAAAUGAGGAACAAAGUCCCACCCAGGAAGAACUCCAAACGUUGAGGCGCGUCUAUGGAAAAAUCGAUAGUCUGAUCUACAUCAUUGGAUUUAUCGAGAUGUGUGAAAGGUUCGCGUACUACGGCACUACAGCAGCGUUUGUUAAUUUUCUCCAGCAAGAUUUGCCGGAAAAAGGACCUUUCCCCAAAGCUGGCGCUGCGGGCACUGAUGGCCAGGCCGGUGCCUUGGGAAAAGGACAGCGCACCAUGUCAGCACUUCUUCUAUUCAAUGCCUUCUGGGCCUAUGUUAUGCCUUUGAUUGGCGGUUGGAUCGCCGAUGAACAUUGGGGCCGCUUCAAAACCAUCAACGUGGCCACGGCUCUCGCUAUUGUGGGACAUAUCCUUAUCAUUGUCGCUGCCAUUCCUGCUGUAAUCGCAAAGUCCAACGGAGCCCUUGGUACCUUUGUUGUAGGCCUCCUUCUACUUGGCACCGGAGUUGGAUUCUUCAAGUGUAACAUUUCCCCAUUCAUCGCAGAGCAGUACGAAGCUACUCAUCCAAAGCCUUUCAUCCGUGUUGAGCCAAAUGGUGAGCGCGUCAUUGUCGACCCCGGGUUGACCAUUACGCGUGUGUACAUGCGAUACUAUCAGCUCAUCAAUGUUGGUUCCAUGGCAGGAUCCAUUUCCAUGGUGUAUGCCGAGAAGUACAUCGGCUUCUGGCUUUCAUUUACAUUGCCUACGAUUCUGUUCCUCACCUGCCCGAUCAUAUUAGUAGUAUGUCGCAAGCGCUAUGUCCGAAGAGCCCCAGCUGGCUCAGCACUUUCGAAAGCAGUGAAACUAUAUGGUCUGGCUAUGAAAGGCCAAUGGUCUAUCAAUCCCGUUGCUACCUGGAGAAAUCUGAGAUCACCCGAACGCUGGGAAAGUAUCAAGCCCAGCAAAAUUCAGAAUCGACCUACCUGGAUGACCUUUGACGAUGCCUGGGUCGAGGAAGUCCACCGUGGAAUCAAGGCCUGCUAUGUUUUUCUUUGGUAUCCUGUUUUCUGGCUCCCAUACGGCCAGCUCAAUGGGAACCUCGUCUCGCAAGCUGCCACAUUAAAGCUGAAUGGCGUCCCCAACGACGUGGUCAAUAAUCUGAAUCCCCUCACGCUUAUCAUUUUUAUACCAAUCUUUGAUCACUUCUUAUACCCUGCUCUCGCGCGCGUUGGAUUUCGCAUGUCGCCCAUUCGAAAGAUCACUGCAGCGUUUGUAUGCAGCACAACUGCAAUGGCGAUUACAGCUAUCAUUCAACACUCCAUCUACACGCAGUCACCUUGCGGAAAAUACGCUUCCGACGAAGCCUGUCAGGAAACGCCACCUAACAUUUCGGUUUGGGUCCAAACGCCAGUCUAUAUGCUCAUUGCCUUUUCCGACAUUUUCGCCUCCAUUACGGGCCUUGAGUAUGCUUUUAAUAAAGCCCCAAAGAACAUGCGGUCCGUAGUUACAGGCGUUUUCUGGUUCACUAACGCCUUCUCUUCGGCACUUGGCCAGGCCUUUGUCCCUCUAGCUGGCGAUCCGUUGCUAGUGUGGCUUUACACCGUCAUUGCAAUCAUAUCCUUCGUCGGGGGCGUUGCUUUUUGGUGGAGCUUUAGGGAGUUGAACCACGAAGAUGACGACCUUGAUGCUCUACCAGAGGGCGAGUACGCAGAGAAUCCCGAUCGGCAGAAACCUGUGCUCGAGGAAAAGGCUUGA